CACUGACACCCAGGGGAGCGCAUGACGCGGAGGCGUCACGCUCCCGGGUCAUGUGAGCGUCAUCUGCGGCUCCAGACAGGGCAAGGGCCGGGGAGCAGCGGGGACAUUCAGCGUCAUGUCACCGGCUGACAGCAGCACCCUGCCGGGAUGGAGGAGGGGGCCUUAAACGCAGAGGAAGCCGGGCUGUGACCGACACACCGACAGGUGAGACUGCUUUUUCUACCGUUGGGUGUCUCCAAACCUCCCGUGGGGUCGCUUGCCGAGGACUUGUGAGACCAAGAUUGUCCUGAGCCGACUCUCUGCAGCCAUGACAUCCAAGACAGCCCUGCUGAAGGUGAUCCUCCUGGGUGACGGCGGUGUCGGCAAAUCCUCCCUCAUGAACCGCUACGUCACCAACAAGUUUGACUCUCACCUAUUCCACACUAUAGGCGUGGAGUUCCUCAACAAAGAGCUGGAUGUGGACGGCCACCACGCCACUCUGCAGAUCUGGGACACGGCGGGUCAGGAGCGUUUCCGCAGCCUCCGCACGCCUUUCUACCGCGGCUCCGACUGCUGCCUGCUCACCUUCAGCGUGGACGACGGACAGAGCUUCCGAAACCUGGCCAACUGGAAGAAGGAGUUCACUUAUUACGCUGACGUAAAGGACCCUGACAACUUCCCGUUUGUGGUGCUGGGCAACAAACUGGAUGUGCCCGAGCGGCAGGUGUCUGGUGAGGAUGCGAGGAGGUGGUGCCGCGAGAACGGCGGUCACCCGUACUUUGAGACGAGUGCUAAGGAUUCUACGAACGUAGCGUCGGCCUUUGAGGAGGCGGUACGUCGCACCCUGGCGUUGGACGACAGAGCCGAUCACCUCAUUCACACCAACACAGUGGACCUGCAGAGGAAGAGUCACCCUGACCCCAGCUGCUGCUGAGCAGAGGGUGCUGAAUGUGACUCCCAGCAGGACGCCAUGUGACUCUGCACAAAGAGGAACUGGUGGUUUACUCAGUAGCUGUUGUAUUACAUACCCUCAGAUAAACCUGGGACCAGGAUCUGCCUUUUUAAGCAAAUACUGAGACUCUUUUGGAC